GACGGUCGCCAGUUCCCGGAGCGCGGUACUUCUGUUUUAUCCCACACCUCCCCACAGACUGCGCCCAAUGUGCUCCGGCGACUUGACUCGUUACUUUCACUCUUCCUCUGCAGCUGGGUGCUGCGUUGUGGGGCCAGAGCCCGGCCGUCCAUUCGGUGCCGGAGGGCUUCCGCGCGGGGAACACCACUGGGCCGACUGGCACGCGCACGCGCGCUGCUAGUUCCUCUCCAAGAGCGUCGUUUCCCUAGGCGCGCAGGUUGGCGGAGGGCAGGUGUGCUGUUGCCACAUUUCUUUCCUGGAGCGCUUGCAACGAGCUACUGCCAGCAGGACUUUGUUCAGUGGGUUGAGAAGGAUCAAGUGGGCCUUUUGAAUCAAGAGAGUCUAGAGAUUUUAGAGUGGCUCGUUCAAGAAGGAGCACUUCCAUUCUGCUGUGAACCCCCUAGACAAGACUUUGGAGGGCCCAAUGGCUGCAAAAUCCCUACAUGACGCUCCUAAAACCAAGAGUCCGGGCAGCAUCGCCAACAGCAGAGCGGCGACUCAAGGGCAGUGGGGCCGUGCCUGGGAGGUGGACUGGUUCUCGCUGGCGAGCGUCAUCUUCCUGUUGCUCUUCGCACCCUUCAUCGUGUACUAUUUCAUCAUGGCGUGUGACCAGUACAGCUGCUCUCUGACGGCCCCCGCGCUGGACAUCGCCACCGGGCGUGCUCGGCUCUCAGACAUCUGGGCCAAGACGCCACCUUUGACGAAGAAAGCAGCCCAGCUCUACACCCUGUGGGUCACGUUCCAGGUGCUUUUGUACGUGGCCCUUCCUGACUUCUGCCACAAGUUCCUGCCAGGCUACGUGGGAGGCGUUCAAGAGGGUGCCGUGACCCCCGCAGGCAUCGUCAACAAGUAUGAAAUCAAUGGCCUACAAGCUUGGCUUAUCACGCACCUUCUCUGGUUUGCAAACUCGCACUUCCUGUCCUGGUUCUCGCCCACCAUCAUCUUCGACAACUGGAUCCCCCUGCUGUGGUGCGCCAACGUCCUUGGCUACGCCGUCUCCACCUUCGCCAUGCUCAAGGGCUACUUCUUCCCCACCAAUGCCAAAGACUGCAAAUUCACAGGCAAUUUCUUUUACAACUACAUGAUGGGCAUUGAGUUCAACCCCCGAAUUGGGAAGUGGUUUGACUUCAAGCUGUUCUUCAAUGGACGCCCUGGGAUCGUCGCCUGGACCCUCAUCAACCUGUCCUUUGCGGCCAAGCAGCGGGAGCUCCAUGGCCAAGUGACCAACGCCAUGGUCCUGGUCAACGUCCUGCAGGCCAUCUAUGUGCUGGACUUCUUCUGGAACGAAGCCUGGUACCUGAAAACCAUUGACAUCUGCCACGACCACUUCGGGUGGUACUUGGGCUGGGGGGACUGCGUCUGGCUGCCAUAUCUCUACACGCUGCAGGGCCUGUACCUGGUCUACCACCCGGUGCAGCUGUCGGCGCCCCACGCCGCGGGCGUCCUGCUGCUUGGCCUGCUGGGCUACUACGUUUUCCGGAUGGCCAACCACCAGAAGGACCUGUUCCGCCGCACGGACGGCCGCUGCCUGAUCUGGGGCAAGAAGCCCAAGGUCAUCGAGUGCAUGUACACGUCGGCCGACGGGCAGAAGCACCACACCAAGCUCCUGGUGUCGGGCUUCUGGGGCGUGGCCCGCCACCUCAACUAUACGGGCGACCUGAUGGGCAGCCUGGCGUACUGCCUGGCCUGCGGCGGGGGCCACCUGCUGCCCUAUUUCUACAUCAUCUACAUGGCCAUCCUGCUGACCCACCGCUGCCUCCGGGACGAGCACCGCUGUGCCAACAAGUACGGCGGCGACUGGGAGCGCUACACUGCCGCCGUGCCCCACCGCCUGCUGCCGGGAAUCUUCUGAAGCCCCGCCCCCGGGAGGAGCCCCCAGAGGGUGUGAAGAGCCCAUGAGCCGGCUCUGCUGGGGCUCCCCGCUCCCCCCAGGAGCUUCCGGUCCCUCAGCCGAAAUGGAAAGAGACUGGCGCUUGGCGUGUCCUCCUCUCCCCUUGUCCCCAGGGGAGUCCUGAGUGCUAAUGCCGCCCGCCUGCCCGCCAGCAGAGAAGACCAGGUUCCUCUGGGCGGCAUUCCGCAGGUAGGCGGGGGCCCGCUCUCCUCUGAUGCCCGUGGUGACUGCAUUGCCCCUGUGUGUUGGGAACCCUAGCGGCUGCGCUGACCAGACGCACAGGCGUUCGACACGGAACGGACAUCUUCUGCUCGUGGUCACCUGUGCUCACAACAUAAGGGGGGACGUGAAUACAGGAGGUGCUCCAGCUACCCAUUUGUGGCCUUCUGGCUGCAGAUGCACUCUUCCUUACCUGCUCUGUGACUGUGAGCUGGACCCGGUAGACCUCUCUCCUCGGAGGCAUGCCUGCUCUUAAAUUUGAGGGACUCUGCAUGGAGGAGGGGGCUUCUCUUUCUCGUUUCAGUGAUGUUGCACGCCCCGCUGUUCACGGCUGCAGGGGCGCAGUGAGGGGACGGCCAAGGUGCAUGCCCAGAGUAUGCACGUGUCCCAGAAGCGGCUGUGGCUCCCGGUGUCCGACCCCCUGAGAUCCGGCUGCCGGCCUCGGCCUGCCUGCCCUCGGCAAGGGUGCCUCCUGCUUGCCUGGCGAUCGUCCACAUUGGCGCCGGUAACUCAGCUCACCUGUGCGCCAUCCAGGGGGCCUCCAACAAGGUCUGAAUCCAGCCUCAGGAGGGGAUGCCUUCGAGUGAAUUUUUUUACCCUAGGCAUUUGCCCUCAACCCUAGGAUUUUCAUGAAAGCUCUCUUUGGACAUGACUGCCUUUGUCGAUUUGAUAAUUCUUUAUAUUAAACUUCCCCUGUUCAAACCUC